AUGCAAGCUUCAAAGACUGAAAAUACAGAAAAGGCAGAACCAUUCUACAGGCUUUCAGUGCCAAAGCAGAAGACGAGUUCUGAGAUUAUAAAUGAAGCCAGAAAUGUUCUGCGAACACUGACAACUCGGAGACCAUCUACACCUACAGAGAAUCAAAGGAAACUUUUUGGAUCUGGAUCCUCACGAGCUCCUCAAGAUAGACCUCCUUCAGUUUUUAGUGUUCACGCAUCCAGUUUUGAUUUGGCUGAAUCAAGACCAGUGUCUGGUGUUCGUCUUAGCCCACUGGAUCAUAAACCAAUACUAGUCACUUCUGCAAAAGAUGAAGAUUCUUCCAUUUCCACUCCAAAGCCUCCUGCAGAUGCUGCAGACGUUAGAAAAGUCAGCAGUGCUCGGACACGCUUUUUUAGAAGGAUUUCUCAGGGAAAUUUCCUUUCUGCUAAAAUGGUUCUUCCUGAUCAGGGUGAAGAGAAGCUAGAUUCUGAAGAACCAGCUGUGAUGCAUUAUCUUUGCAGAAGUAACGAUAGCUGCUUAGCAGAGCAAAAGUCAUACACAACAUUUAAUGAUGAAAGUAAACAAUUAAUUUGUAAUGAGCAAAUCAGCAGAUUGGAGAGGGAAGACUUCCUAAAAGGGACAGCAGGAAAAGUUUUAUUUCAACUGAGAGGAGAAAGAAGCAUCAACGGUGAUGGCAGAUUUGCUGAUGAAGAGCAACAGUUUCCCUGUGACCAGAUGAAAGAGCCUGGCACAAGUUCAGCGUGGCUGGAAGAGAAGAGAAGAAUAACAGGCUUAGAGGAUGAAACAAGAAUAAAUGAAUCAGAUGAGGAAGAAAUCUUUUGGCAUAUAAAGAUUUUACCAAUUCUGCAUGAACUAGAAAAAGUAGAAGACAAUACAGAAAAUCUUUGUCUGGCUUGCACCAAGCUCUAUCAAGCCUUGAGUGAAGGAAAUAUGCUUGGAAAAAGAUUGAAGAGAAGAAGUGUGCUUCUGAAGACAUUAUAUAAACUUGUAGACAUUGAUUCAGAUCCACUUCGCCUGAAGCUGGCAAAGAUUAUUCUGGCUAUGAAAGUGGAUGGUAAAAAUCUUCUCAGUGCUUGCAAGCUUGUAUUUAAAGUUUGCAGGAAUGAAAAAAAUGAUUACAUCGUUCAAAAUGAUAGAUUACUGGAUUGUUUGUUGGAGGUCCUGAGAACUGAAGAUCUACUCAAAAACAGUGAAGCUCUCCUGUAUUGCAUGGGGGCUAUAAAAUUCAUGUCUGGAAAUGCAGUACUCCUUAAUGAAAUGGUCAACAAAGGAGCUAUUGAAAUUUUGCUGCAAUUAAUGAAGCAGAUUAAUAAUAUAAAAGAAAAUGACACACAUUUCUCCAACUUGGGCCACCUAUUAGUCCAGGUGAUAGCCACCCUGCGGAACCUGGCCGAUGCGCCCGGGGCCG